UGAUAAGUACCCACUGGCAAUUCGUGAGAGCAGCUUGAAUGCCAAGUUCGAAACAAACUUUUUAACUAAAACAAUUUAAUCUUAAUAUCUUGAGUUGCUUUAUUAAUUUAUGUGUUGAAGUGUGAAAUAUUUUUGUAUUAAAUUGAUAAAACUAGUCAUUACUAUGAGUAAACUAAACAAAUUUAUAAGUUACACUAUAAGAGGCGCUUUAUUUGGAGCAACAGUAUUUGGUUCACAAGAAUUAGGUAUAUGGAAAGAUGGUGAAACAUCACGGGAAAUAGCUAAAAUCAUCAUUGCAAUUUUAACUCCUAUAGCCAAAAAAGCAGAGUCAGAAAUGCCAGAACAAGUAAAAUCAUUGCCAUCUGUAGAAAAUUUAAAAUCCACAUCGACAGCAUGUUGGAACAAAGGUGUGUAUAAUGCUGGCGAGUUUGUUAUCGAUGUACCCAACAAAUGUGUCUGUGCGGCCAAUAAAGCAUAUCAAUUGGUUGAAGUACAAGUGAAUAAAUCCAAAGAAAAUUAAUAAUGAUCUAUUAUCGUAUUGAGUAAAUAAAACCAUGUACCAUGUUAAUAUUUAAUAGGAAUUUGUUCUCUAAUUAUUUAUAACCAUUUGUUGUUGAAAUAUUAAGUAGAUUAUUUGAUAUGUUAUUUACACCAUCUACUGUACUUAAUUUGUUCAAUAUAAAGCAAUUAAAAUAAUAAAACAAUA